UUAAUAUAUUGAAAAUUAUACUCACUAACAUAAGUUAAUUAUGACUGUUAAUAACGGCAAGUUCUAAGGAAAAUAUUGGAACAGCUUAAGACCAGUAUAAUAGCAAUAUUAAAGGGUAAAAAGAUCAAAGUAUUGCCAAAAAAAUGAUGAGUUAAAACAGAAUAUUUAUGGUGCAGUACAAGUUAUAACCUGUAGGGGCGGUGCAGCACCCUGGGGCCAAUCAUAUGCGCCAGAAGAAGCCAGCGAGAGGCUGUGACGGGAGCGGGUUGUUUGAAUCUUGUUUUGGUCCUCUUCAUAACACUUCCGGUGCAGAGAUGGAAGGAUUGUCGGUCAGCUCUCUAUCAGCCAAUCAGAGCACGGUGCAGGUGAACAUUGGGGCGGGGCUUCAGGGUGGGGGCGUGGCCAGCCAGUGGAGCCCUUACUGUAAAGAGGACCUGAUGAGAGGAGGGGAGGAGCUGUGCUUCGAGGAGCUGCGGGCUGAGAGAUACAACCAGCAGAAACAGAAGGAGAUGGAAGAGAGGAUGCGACACCUGAACGAGCAGCAGGAGCAGCUGAGUCAGGAGCUGGAGGAGAAGAAGAGGCUGCUGCUCAGAAAGUCCCAACAGAUCAGCAACGUGGAUCAACCUGCUGCUGCUCCCUUCAAAAUACUGGAUGAGUCUGGUUCCGAAGAGUCUGCCAGGAAGUCGGAGCCGUCCUCAGACGAGCUGCCAGACGACGUCUUCCUGCGACCCGAUGAGAAGGGACUGUGUGUGAGGGUUCAGUUUCCAACCCGACCCGACCAGAACCACCAGCAGAACCGGCCACCAGGUCAGCCGAGUCGGACUGAGCGGGACCUCCGGGCCGAGCGGGACCUCCGAACCGAGCGGGACCUCCCGACGGAGCAGGACCUCCGAACCGAGCGGGACCUCCGAACCGAGCAGGACCUCCCGACGGAGCAGGACCUCCGAACCGAGCGGGACCNCCUCCGAACCGAGCAGGACCUCCCGACGGAGCAGGACCUCCGAACCGAGCGGGACCUCCGAACCGAGCAGGACCUCCCGACGGAGCGGGACCUCCGAACCGAGCGGGACCUCCCGACGGAGCGGGACCUCCGAACCGAGCGGGACCUGGAUUCCCAGGAAAGUGUCUCUCAGCCCAAAAAGCAGCUGAGCCCCAUAGAGGAGAUCAGUGUGGAAGCCGCAUCCCUCACUUCUCCUGGAGAACUGUCCGGGGGGAGCUUCAGUCCACUGGACCAGAACCAGAACCAGGAGGCUCUCAGUCGGUCUCAUGCUGUAGAUCCCUGCGACCCGGAAGUCCGUAGACAGCUGUUGGACCUUUUUGACAUCACUUCCUCUGCAAACCUUCAUUCGGAGCAGCGCCCCCUACCUGCUGUUGAGGAGGGCAGCCUUCUGGACCUCGGGGGCGACACAUUCUUCAUUGAAAGCAGACUUCUGGACAGAGACGGCGUCUCCGUCUUCAGAGCAGCAGCAGAUAAUCAGUCUGUGUUUAUAAAGGUGGAGCGCUGCUCGGCCCCCUGGGACUUCUACCUGUUCACCCGCCUGAAGGAGAACUCGCCGUCUGCUGACAGAGCUGCUCUGAUCAGCUGCUUCCUGUUUGAGGACGGCUGCAUCACCGUCUACGCGCCGCCCGCAGGCCAGCAGCUCACUGUUGUGGCGGACUGCGCGCGUGUCGGCGUGACAGCCGUCAGGCUGCUGGAGCUGGUGCUGCAGCUGCACGGCUGCAGCCUGCUGCAUGCGGGGCUGCAGCCCGGCAUGCUGGCCUCCUGCGGCGCCGCGGCGAACCAGGACUGGCUCUUCCCGCUGGACUGGUCGUCCUCGCUGGACCUGGAUCUGCAGAAAGACGUCCGGUCCAUCCAGCAGAUCCCGUCCGCUCAGGCCUACGUCAGGCUGGGUCUGCUGCAGCCCGCCGACCCGCCUCACACCGUGGACCUGGUGGGCGUGGCUGAAACCAUCUACUUCCUGUUGACCAACAGCGAGAUGAGACCAGAGAGACACGGCAGCAGCUGGACAGUGAAGCACAGCGACGUCUUCAUGUCGACCUGGCGAAGGUUUUUCGGUUCGCUGCUGAACGCCGGCGGUCGCUCGUCCAUCUCCAUCCUGUCGGAGCUGAAGGACCAGCUGUCUGAGCUUCACCUGUGAAGCACAUGUUGUCUGUUUAAUAUUUGGUUUCAUUAAUAAAUAAAUUUGUUGCAGCCGC